AUGCGGGUGUGCAGAAUAGUGGGGAUACAUGGCAGCUGCUUAAUGAGACUUAAUGCGCCAAUGCUAAUCGCCGGUGCGGUACGCUAUGACGAUAGGAGGAGGAGGAGGAAGAGACGGAGGAGGAAAACGCGUCCUCGAGAAAUGCGGAGUACUCGCGCAACGUCGGAACAAGACGAAGCCGGUGUGGAAGGGGACGAUAAGACCUGUGUGCAAGGCCUUCAACAGCCGACCAGCAGCAGUGACAACGACGACGAGAGGAUGCUCCUUUCACGGGGCUGGACUUGGCUGACGUUGAUGCCGCUCCUGUUGAGCCUGUCCACCGGCGAGGUCAGCUUUUAUCGGGAUGCGCUCCCGGAAACGCCAGAGGAUGCCGCGCUGAAACACCUGGCCCGCUAUUUGGAGACGCAUCGUCUGCAGCAGCGUCUUCAUCAGUCGCACCUGCCUACGUUCCUGUCGCCGAUGCACAAGAAGCACAACAGUCUGGAUCGCCUUCCUGAGGAGGAGCGCUUCCUGAAGCUUCUAGCCGAAAGAAAAAUCACUCUGGACGACCUGAAGCAGUUUUUCAUAAAGAACUUGCUGACGCCUCAUUAUCGCACGAAUAACAAUCCGAUCAGCGAUCAGAUCACGGAUCGAGAACCGGCGUAUCUCCUGUCUUAUUACAAUCUGGAUCUCAAGCGUUUGGCUUACCCCGAUGAGAAACAGCUGAAUGAAAAUGACGACCGUUUUCCUAAAAAUAUCGGGUACGGGCAAGCUUUCGAUAUGGACAGAGAUGCGAUGGAGUCUAUGCUAGAUACUUUCCGAGAAAAGUACACAGAUUUCAAUCAUGGGGUGAGAACGUUGCAUCAUGAGGGCGGAAGGGAGGCAGCACCCAUGCGUCCGGCAGCAGCAGUGGCAUCGGCAACGACCGAGCCAGAAUUCACGUAUAGGUUCGACGACUCGAAUCUCAAGGAGAAGCACCCCUUUGCGGUAAAGCCGAACGAUCCCAGAUAUUACGGCGAGGCAUCAUUUUCGUCGGAUGAUUUAGAUUGGCAAGACGCGCCGAGAAUAAAUUGGAAAGAGGAAAAGACUGCGGAUAAAGAGCGAAUAUUGACAAAGCACGAAGACGAUAUGCGGAACGUCAAUCAAGAGACACCGAAGGAUUUGGCCGCGAGACUCGACAUAUCGGAACCGGAAAGAUCUGUGGGACGUUAUCCGGUGAUCGUACCCGUAAAUCACGACUUCAACAAUGACAUUUAUUUUAUCGCAAUUGUGGCUGGUUGCAGUGCAGCUGCGAUGUUCGCUUUAGUAUUGAUUAGCUUAACAUGGUGCAGACUGCAACGCGGUGCGAAAGCUGCAGCGGACAUAGAGUAUCCUGCUUACGGUGUGACAGGACCGAACAAGGACGUGUCGCCUUCCGGUGACCAGAGGCUCGCCCAGUCCGCCCAGAUGUAUCACUUCCAACACCAGAAGCAACAAAUUAUCGCCAUGGAAAAUCGCACUUCUGCAACGAGGGAUCCAGGUUCACUCUCGGAAGCGGAGAGCGAUGAAGAGAAUGAGGAGGGCGACUAUACCGUUUACGAAUGUCCAGGACUUGCAUCUACGGGCGAGAUGGAGGUGAAGAACCCGAUGUUCCAUGACGAUCCUACACCGGCGACGCCGGCGGCGCAGAGCAACAAAGAAGAGGACCACAUAUAGUUCCAAUAAAGUAGAGAGUAAAAAAAACCAUACGCGCGCGAUCUAAAGAAAUCUUUCCUGGUGCUUAGCUCACUGUUAAUGUACCAUAUCGGAAACGUUUAUCCAUUAUAUUGAGUGUGUAUACAACUUUAAUAUUUAUAUAUGGCGCGAUGGGGGGAAGGGGGCGACGCGUUUUACGAGGAAGACGGAAAGAGAUGGAAGGGAUCGGUUCGGUAUCAGAACAACCGACGUCAUUUUUCGUUCCGGAAGUAAGAGAACAGAAGACGCUUACCUACAUAAUAAAUGAAAUCGGGAGCACGACGAACGGGUCAACAUUCAACAAGCGUGCGAUUUUAUGCGGGUGGAUUUAGAAACCUGCGAUUUAUUGUGGUCGCAUCGUCGAAUUGGUGAAUCGAGUCGAUCUUGCGAAACGUCGACGGUGCUUCAAGGAAAUUCAAUCCUAAAAAAACACCAGUCUUUUUUAGUUAUAUUACAAGAGAUAUAUAUUAUAAAAGAAGACGAUAGUAUUUAUAUCGUCUUUUUCCCCGCAUCAGGGCGACGUCAGGUUUUCCCGUUCAUCGAAACGUCACAUUGUUUUAUCGCGAUUUUACGAGCGGAAGUAAACGGAAUUCGAAUGGGGGAGCGAAUUAAUCGCCGAUCAAAGCCGCGUCUUUGCGAGAACACCCAGUUUUCUAAUGUCGUGACGUAUUAUAGUUUGUACUUUCAUAGUAGGAGCAGGUUGUCGCACGAUCGCAAUUAUUUUUCUAUGACUUGUCACCGACCACGCAUACUUACAGUUCCGAUAUCUGAUCCACACUUGAACAGAUAUUUGAUGUAUUCAUCGAAUACGUCCAUCGGAUAUGCAUACUGUGCAUGAGCAGCCGAUAUACCAAAGUCUAUCGUCCGAGAUUACACUCCUUUGAAAGUAAGAAAAAAAAAGAACUACUAUUAAUUACCGACUAUUAAUUUGGGACGGUCUACAGUCAUACCGUUAUUCGAAUCUGUUUGGUUGGACACAUGUGAAAAAUUAUACAGUAUUAUUGUAUAAUUACACGAUUAUAUGUCACGAAAUCUUAACUCUUAUACAUCUGUCUUAGCGUAUAUACAAAGAUAAGUACUGUAUUAAACCGUGUGUUCCGCAGAAUAUGUAUCUGUUUUACACACAUGGGGAACAGAACGUACUAACGGGAUUAUUUCUAUCACAGAGCAAAUAUCUCCUUUUGGAAUUGUAAUGAGAGUGUGACGAGCAACAUUACGAUUUAAAUUUGUGCUAUAUUAUAUUUCUAGAUAGAUAUAUUAAAUGACAGAUAACGAGUUUCUGGCAAACUCGUUUAUAAGUAAUUAUAUACGUUUUACCGAAAUCUUUGCUAUAAUAAAAAAUUUCUCAAUCUUCUGAAAAAAAAAAUUAAUUAAAGAUUUUAAGCUUUAUAUUAUAUUCUCUGAUUGCUUACAAUGUGUGCUAAGUGGUAUCGAGUAGUUUUAUGUGAAUUGAAAUUGUUUGCAAGUAUAUGUAAAAUAUAUCGUUGCGUUUUGUUAUUCCAAUCUAAAAAGUAACAGUCUCCAAACUAUAAUCUUUUGCUUUAUGUGAUACAAGAAAGUCAAUAGCAUGAUCCAUGCAAACAUACGAAUGAAAUUAUUAAAGUUUUUUGUUCUUGUGGAAGCGUUUCUUUACGGAUAACGAUCGGAAAUGCGAGGAAACUGUUCUCUCUCGACAGUUGCCGAUAGGUAAUACACAUGUACACGCGCAUACACACGUACACAUAUAUAUAUAUACACACACGUAUAACAUUUGUUGGCUUAAAAGGACAAUAUAUUUUAUUUUUCUAUGAUAAUGGUCAUUGUUAGCUGUGUAAAGAGAAUCUAUAUCGCUAUUAAUCCUAAGUCAUCAAAACGCAGAGCUACUAUAUAUAUUUAUUUUAGCGAAUGUUAAAUGUCUAUUUAAUGCGAAGAUUUGAUGCAAAAAGCUAUAACGGAGGGAUGUAUGCCCUCCGUCUUGCGUUGUAGCUGUUACAAAAUCCCUUCUCUAUUCGCCGUUUAUGCUCUAAAACAAUACAGGCAUGUGGCAUAAGAUCUCAAAAUGGUAUAAAGAGUUCUUCCUUUUCCCGAACGCUACCUUUAGUAUACAUUAUUAAGCGAUUAGCGUAUUUUAGCUGAGAUGAGAUGUAACAAAUAUGUUGAAGCAUGAAUAUACGUUUCUAGUCUUGUACUUUGACACUACGCAUAUAUAUAUAUAUAUAUAUAUAUAUAUAUAUAUAUAUUAUUACACGAGUACAUUGAACGCGUAUAAGCAGAGAACAUCAUAUGAGAGGACAAUCUGCGUACAAAUAGACCAUUGACGUACAGCGAUUUGUAGCAUGAUUGUGAUUGUGCACGCGGUUGUUGUAUCUUACUCCGGGGAAUAGGAACCCUUUAUUUGUCGAUUGAAUUGAUCCUUGAUGAUUCCAUUGAAAUUAUGCAAUCUCGUCCUGCAACACACCGUCAACCUAAUUGUAUGCGGAUUACACGCGACAUUAUGAUUUUCACUUCUAUCAAUCAAAAGCUAGCGUAAAAGACAUAUACAAGUUAUAGAUGAAUGUAUUAUUAUUUUAUUAAUAAAUUGUUUAUUUUA